AUGUCGACAACACAGACCAUCGUCCCUCUUCGCGACCUUUCUUCCCAUGCGAAUUUUCAAACACAUCUCAACACGGAUGGAACACCGUCCACCAACCCACAAUCAGACGACUCCACUGGUCUUGAACCCCCACCCGAUGCAGUAGAGGCUAUACCCGAUGGAGGCUACGGCUGGACAGUUGUAGCCUCAUGCUCCUUCCUCCUCUUCUGGAUCAACGGCUAUACAACAGCUUGGGGUGUCCUCCAAACCGCUAUCUUAAAAUCGCCUUCCCUGAACACCAAUGUGCGUACCGUCACCUUCGUUGGCAGCCUGUACAUGGCUUGCAUGGUCGCAUUUGGCAUCGCGUCGAUAAGAAUUAUGAGAUCUUUUGGCGUGCGGUAUACGGGUCUUGCUGCCACGACAGUGUUUGGGAUGGGGUUGAUUGCUACAAGUUUUACACUGGAUCAUCUGGGUGGAUUAUUCUGUAUUGCGGGGUUGUUGGUGGGCGUUGGAACGAGUCUGUUGUAUACUGCAACGAAUAGUCUGCCGUUGCAGUGGUUCAGCUCGAAACUGGGUACGGCGAAUGGUGUCGUCAAGGCUGGUGGUGGUGUAGGCGCAACGGUGCUACCACUUGCUGCACAGGCGCUCAUCGACAAGUUUGGACUGGAAUGGACGUUCCGUAUCCUGGGCAUCCUGAUCAUGGUCACUGGCAUACCAUGCACUCUGGCGUUGAAGGAACGCGCGACCACGGGCACGCUCUCACGAUUCGACUGGUCACUGUUAAAGAACGUUCCCUUCCUCACGCUGACCAUGGCCGGUGCCGUUGGUGUCUUUGCUCUCUUCGUACCACCCUUCUUCCUGCCACUGUUUGCGAGUUCGAUUGGUCUUUCAGCGUCAACUGGUGCAGGCUUGGUGGGUGGGUUCGGUGCUGCAACAGCUGUAGGUCGUAUCCUGGGCGGAUGGACAUGCGACAAGAUCGGCACAUUCAACACCUUGAUGAUCACUUGCUUGGUCAACUCGGUGAGCAUGCUAGCCAUCUGGCCAGUAAGCACAUCAUUGCCACCUCUCUUCGUCUUCUCUCUCGUCAAUGGAUGCGCGAACGGAAGCUUCUUUGUCAGUCUGCCAACUGCUGUGGCUACAGUUGCUCCACACUCUGCAGCGGCGUCAAUUGCUCUGAUGGUCUUCUUCUGGACUCCAGGCUAUUUGCUAGGGGCUCCUCUUGCUGGGCUGUUGAUCGAAGCGACAGGUGCGGCAGACGCUUCGUCGAUUGAACCAUAUCGGGCUGCUAUCUUUUACGCUGCCGGAACGGGUGUAUUGGCUACGCUUCUUAUCGUUGUCGCACGACUGCGAUUGGACACCAAGAUGCUGAAGAGGUUGUAA